AUUGGACUGAUUUUUAAAAAGGUUCCAAAUUUUAUGAUAUUUUUGUCCAUAUUUAUAACUCAAGCACAUGAUUUUAAUUUCCCAUGUGUGUCCCCUAUCUAACAAGCCAUAUAUCUGUUCCAAAUAAUUACUGCCCUUCCUUUUUCUCCAACCAAAUUCAACUAUAAAAACCCAUAACCCCCCCUCCCUCCACAUCCCAUCUCACCAAGAUCAAACCCCGGCCACCAUGGUUUCCGACCGGAGCCAACCCUCAAAAAACGUGUGCGUGAUCGGGGCAGGUCCCUCCGGAUUGGUCGCCGCCCGGGAGCUGAGGAAAGAAGGCCACAAUGUGGUGGUCUUUGAGCAAAGCCAUGAUGUUGGAGGGCAAUGGCUGUAUGACCCCAACGUGGAGGUUGAGGAUCCCUUGGGAAGGGAAACUUCCCUUAGCGUGCAUAGCAGUAUUUAUGCCUCGUUGAGGCUGACAUCCCCAAGGGAGAUAAUGGGUUUCACUGAUUUUCCAUUUUUGGAGAAGAAAGGAAGGGACAUGAGGAGAUUUCCUGGCCAUGGGGAACUCCUGAUGUACCUUAGUGAUUUUUGUGCCUUUUUCGGUUUGAGGGAGAUGAUAAGGUUCAAUACCAAGGUUGAGUAUGUGGGUAUGUUGGAUUAUGGCGAAUUUGGCAAGGAUUUGAGAUGGGUUGUGAGGAGUAAAGAGAAAAAGUGUGAGAAAAUGGUGGAAGAGGUGUUUGAUGCUGUGGUUGUCGCCACCGGUCAUUAUUCCAAGCCCAGGCUGCCUUCCAUCAGAGGAAUGGAAGCCUGGAAAAGGAAGCUGAUGCAUAGUCAUGUUUACAGAGUUCCCGAGCCGUUUCGCAAUGAGGUGGUUGUGGUGGUUGGAAAUUCAUUGAGUGGGCAAGAUAUAUCAAUGGAGCUUGUGGAUGUGGCAAAGGACAUUUAUCUUAGUGCCAAAUCUACUGAUGUUUCUGUGGGCUUGUCAAGAGUAAUAUCCAAGCAUGAAAACCUGCACCUUUGUCCACAGAUAGACUCCCUACAAGAGGAUGGAAGGAUUGUAUUCGUAGAUGGAACUUGGGUAAUUGCAGACACCAUCGUUUAUUGCACUGGGUAUUCCUAUUCAUUCCCGUUUCUUGACACCAAAGGGAUAGUGGUGGUGGAUGAUGACAGGGUGGGACCUCUGUAUGAGCACACCUUCCCCCCAUCUCUUGCACCUUCCCUCUCCUUUAUAGGCAUUCCCAGGAAGCUCAUAGGCUUCCCUUUCUUUGAGUCACAAGCAAAAUGGAUUGCUCAGCUGUUGUCUGGGAAAAGAGCAUUGCCCUCAUGGGAUGAGAUGAUGAACUCCAUCAAGGAGUUCUAUCACUCGAGGGAUGUUGCUGGAGUUCCAAAGCAUAACACCCAUGAUAUUGCCUGUUUUGAGUACUGCGAUAAGUAUGGGGACAACGUUGGAUUCCCACACUUGGAAGAAUGGAGGAAAGAGCUCUGCUUAUCAGCCCUGACAAAUGCAGAUGCCAAUUUGGAAACGUACCGCGACUCGUACGACGAUCACGAGUUGCUUCAAGUAGCCCACCAGAGCCCUCAUUUCACCCAACUCGAAGUUGAAUCCAUCCCCAUGUGAUCCCCAUCGGUUAAAUUCAAAAUAAUAUUCCAAUCAAAAAAAGCAGCCCUUUGUUGAAGGAACAGGGCAAAAUACAAUGUAAUUUGAUGAUUUGUUUGGUAAUUAAGGCAUUGUUUGUUUAGCACCAAGGAGAGGGAAGUACUUGUAUUGCUUUAGGAAACAGAUUUAAAGACCAAUUGCGAAAUUGCCUUCUGAAGCAAGAAAAGUACUUCAUCCGGAUUAUUUACUUCACAGAAAAAUAUGUUUAUGGAAUAGGACCCUGUUUCAGCUACCAAGAAGAACUGGAAUUUUGAAUGUUGCUAUGCUUUUAACAGGCAUUUGGAUCUUGUUCUUGACAUAUUUGAUGUGGAAGAAUCCUAGAUCUCUCGUGUGAUGGGAUGCGAAACGGGACCCGUCACGGUUUCGUUUGAUAGAGUCGUUUAUUCUGUAGGACUUGACAUGGUCAUUGUUCAUGUCAAAAAUUAGGAUGAUCGGUCAUCUGUAUAAACUUAUAAGAGAUGGAAAUGGUAAGAGUUUGAAUCCA